UCUAGCUUAAACUGUUCAUUCACGAACAAGGUGUUUGUUUGUAAGGAUGCGAGACGCGUCUCUCUGCUGGGGCCUCAUAUCGACGCAUGAAGGCCUCGCGGUUGUUUCCAUGCGCGUCAUCCUGAGCUCCCGGCCGAUCGCUCACGUCUCGCUUGCCCUGCCUCAGCGCUUCCGACUGGCAGGAGGAGGAGCUGGUCCUCCGCUACUCACAGAGCUCUCCUGCAAGUAGGCCUGGAAGCGCGAGGAGCCGGAGGAGUGUUCCUCCAGGCUGUCGAGCCUGCCGGGCUGUUCGUAGAGUUUGGAAACUUGCGGCUUCCUGUGCUUCGGUCCUGCCUUGAUCGAGCAGGACCCCCCAGAUCAGCCGCCAGAGCCCGAAUCUCCGCAGAGCUUCCUAGCGAUGUAGUCGCAUGCGGCAAAGAUCAAUCACGCCAUUGC